CUGCUGGGCACUGACUGGCACAACCGCUGGGCACUGACUAGUGGCAUUGACUGGCAGCACUGCUGGGCUGCACUGGUGGGCACAGGUGGGUGGCACUGGUGGGUGGCACUACUGGGCACAGGUGGGUGGCACUGCUGGGCACAGGUGGGUGGCAAUUCUGGGUGGCACUGGUGGGCACAGGUGGGCACAGGUGGGUGGCACUGCUGGGCACAAGUGGGCGGAACUUGUGGGUGGCACUGCUGUGCCCUGAUGAUCGGUGCCGAUCCCUGCUCCAACAACUGCUGCCGAGAACCGGCAAUUGCAUUUCCCUGUGAUCAGCGUGUCAUUGGACACGGCUGAUCACGUGGUAAAAGGCCGCUGUGA